UAAUGUUAUUGAUGAACCGGUCACCACCACCACCACCACUACUACUACGACCUCCAACAAAAAGAAAAAAAUAAAAUGUAAAUGUAAAUAACUAAUGGAGAGAAUUGAAUAAUAAUGGAAGAGAAGGGGAGUAGAGCAAAGGAGGAAAAAGAGUUGUUGUGGAUUAGUAGUAGUAGUAAUAAUAAUAAUAAUAAUAAUAAAGAGGAGUUGGCGGCACGGCCGGGGAAGAGGGACGAGUGGAGCGACGCGGCGGUGGCGGCGCUGCUGGACGCGUACGAGGCGAAAUGGGCGCUCCGGAACCGGGCCAAGCUGAAGGGCCACGACUGGGAGGACGUGGCGCGCGCCGUGUCGUGCCGCGCCGGGGAUCGGAGUUGCAAGGGGCCGAAGACGGCCACGCAGUGCAAGAACAAGGUGGAGUCGAUGAAGAAGCGGUAUCGCUCGGAGGCGGCGGUGAGACCCGCGGUGGUCGGGGGGUCCAAGUGGCCCUUGUUUCACCGGCUGGACGGUUUGGUCCGGUGUCGGGGGGUCGGCGCUGCGGCGGAGGCGAUGAUCGGCCUCGAGUCUGAGGAGCAACAUGAGCAGUCGGCUGCGGCGGCAGUAGCGCCAGCUGGUGAGGUGUCACUGCCGAAGGCCGACGGGGACGCCGUAAUAGUAGAGCAGGGUGAAUGUGGAGACACACCGGCCAAGGAAAACGGAAAUGAGGCCACUAACAACAAGGAGGUGCAGGGCAAUAGUACACAAUCGAAUGAUGAUGGAUCACGCGAAAAGCGCGAAACGGCGAAAAACAAUAGAAAGAGGAAGAGGAGAAAAGAGCAAAAAGACGUGAUGUCGGAGGUGAUACGGAGCAUACAGUACUUCGCGGAGGUCGUGCUGAAGGUGGAGCAUGCGAGAAUGGAGGCGAUGAGGGAAGUAGAGAUGAUCAGGGCCGAGGCGGAGGCGAAGCGAGGAGAGAUGGAUUUGAAGAGAACUGAGAUCAUUGCCAGUACCCAGCUGCAAAUUGCUAGACUCUUUGCUAAGAAUUGUGGUAAUAUUUGAUUACCAGUUAUAUGCUCUUCUGGAACUAACUAAAUGUAACACAAAUAAAAGCAUAGCCAAAAAAACCAACAUGCAUGGUUCGUAGUGCAUGUAUGAUAAGCUUGUUACUAUAAUAAGUGGAAUCCACUUAGUUUCGAGAUAAAAACUUCUGAUCCAAAAAAUUAAGAAAAAGACCAAUUCAUUUUA